AUGUGGGAGUUUCGCUCUAUUAUGUUUUGGCGGGCGGUGUUCGCCGAGUUUUUCGGCACCAUGUUUUUUGUCUUCUUCGGGGUGGGUGCAGCGCUCCGCUGGACCUCCGGCCCAUUCCACGUCUUCCACACAGCCCUCUGUUUUGGUUUCGCCGCCGCUACGUUGAUCCAAUCCAUUGGUCACAUCAGCGGAGGACACAUCAAUCCGGCCGUCACCUUCGCCUUCUUAGUUGGCUCCCAGAUGUCCCUGUUCCGUGCCGUCUUUUACAUUUGCGCUCAGUGUCUGGGGGCCAUGGCAGGGGCCGCGGCCUUGUAUGGAGUUACACCUAACAACAUGAGAGGCACAUUGGCUCUUAAUACUCUGCAACCAGGCAUGAGUUUGGGCAUGGCGACCACAGUGGAGGUGUUCCUCACCAUGCAGUUGGUUAUUUGCGUCUUUGCCGUCACAGAUGAGAGAAGAAAUGGACGUCUGGGUUCCGCUGCUUUGUCCAUUGGCUUUUCUAUCACCAUGGGCCACCUGAUGGGGAUGUACUACACCGGAGCCGGCAUGAACCCAGCCAGGUCUUUUGCUCCUGCUGUUAUCAUGAGGAAUUUUACUAACCAUUGGGUGUAUUGGGUGGGACCCAUGAUUGGCGGUGCUAUGGGUGCCAUCUUUUAUGAUUUCAUUCUGUUCCCGCGUAUGAGGGGUCUCUCUGAGCGGCUAGCCACACUCAAGGGCAGUCGAUCCCCGGAGGCAGAAAACUAGCAGGACACCCGCGGGGAGCCCAUAGAGCUGAAGACUCAAACCUUAUGAUGUUUUAAAAACCUGUGAACCGAAAUCUGGCUCUACCUCACUGGACCUUCUCCUAUAUACUUAUGUCCUGUUGGUGCCGAGGCAGCGGCCCAGGUGGCAGAACCAACUGGAUGAGGCUGGAGUUUUGGUUGUGGGAGGGGCUAGAAGUUUCUUUAGGCAUGCUUUCAUUUUUCAUCUGAUUAUGAUUUUCAAUUUUAAGUUAUUUUGUUUUCUACAACAAGAUGCGGAUGUAUGAAGGUGCAACUUAGCCAGUGCUUCACACUUUUUUCCAAGUUUUUCUUUUUUGUGUGAAUGUGUGUGAGAGUUCAUGUGGGUGGGUC